AUGAGAGAUUCGAAAAACAAUAUUGUCAGUGAGCAGAGCUCUGUCCAUGAUGACAGGAAAGAUAAUACUCUCCACUACGCAAGUCGUGGUCAGGCGCUCGACAAUGAGAGCGCCGGUACUGAGAAUAUUGCGGGAUUCGAUGCCGAGUGGAUGAGGGCACGAACCUCCUUAACUGCCGACGAAGAGAAACAGCUGUUGCGUCGGGUUGAUUGGCACAUCAUGCCGCUUUGUGCGAUAAUGUUCCUGCUGAAGAACAUAGAUUCUGAGAAUGUCGCGAAUGCGAAAAUCAUGAACAAGGGAACAGACAGAAAUAUCUUGACCCAGCUCGGCAUGACCACUGAUCAAUAUAACCUCGUAACGGUUCUUUACUACAUUAGUUGGGGUAUUACCCUCGCCUGUCAUGCAGCAGUCAAGAAUAAGGAGGGCCUGUACACGGUGCGCUUCCUCCUGGGCUUGUUUGAAGCUGGGUUGUUUCCUGGAGUUAUUCUCCAAUUAUGUUACUGGUAUAGGCCGGACGAGAUGUCGCUAAGAUUGCUUUACUUUUUUCUAACAGAACAAGAUAUCCUUGGAAACUUUUCCGGAAUUAUCAGCGGCGUACUAGCUUACGCUUUCGAUACGGUGUCUGGCUCUCAUGGACUAUCGGGUUGGCAAUGGCUCUUUCUAACAGAGGGUAUUAUCACGGUCGCGUUCGGCAUAUCACUGAUAUUCAUAUUUCCUGAUUUUCCUCCUCAAGCCAAAUGGCUUACGGACAAAGAGAAAGCGUUCAUCCAGGCGCGGUUACCACGCAAUGCACCCCGAGCCGAAGAGAUCAACUUCAAUGUCCGUGAAAUCCUCGAUUCACUGAGAGACCGCCGCCUGUGGCUUUUCACCCUGAUAUGGGCUUUCUUUACCGUGGGAACGCACGGUCUACGAUUCUACCAACCGACCGUGAUCGCCAACCUAGGAUUCACGGAUAUUGCAACAUCCCAGCUUCUCAACAUCCCCACCUCCGUUCUAACGGUCAUCUGCAUCGGGGUUUUCGGUAUUUGGGCUGACAGCUCCCGUCUUCCCCGACCCCUUUACCCAUUGUCUUUUCUAGUUGUCAUCCUAGCUUGUUACGGUGUACUCUACAGCUUCCCCAGUAACGGCGCCGUCUAUGCUGUGACUGUCAUCGCCAAUGCACUAGGAAGCGCUUGGUUCCCGCUAAUGUGGCCGUGGCGUGUACAAACCACGAGCCGGGCGACUGGCUCCGCCUUCUCCAUCGGCUUUGUGAAUAGCUAUGAUAUUCCAAAGCAAGUAUGCGCCGCAUUAUACGGUGCCGUUCGCAGUUACGAUGGGGCUAAUGGCGGCUUGUAUCUUGACUACCCUUGUGACUUGGUGGAUAACCAGGGACACUGA